AUGUGUGGUGAAUACGAAAGAGGGGAAACGGCAGCAUUUUGCUUUUGGCCUCCGAGGAAUCUACAGCUCAGUCAAGUUGAGAACCAAUUGCAACCCUCAAAUCUACUACUUGCAAAAAGGUUCAUCAAACGUGACCAAAAGUCAACCAGGGACUGGACUGAUCUUCAUGAUCUAUUGCCAUCUAUUGCUGAACGCUUGGGCUUAUUUGAGCUUCUUCGAUUCCGAGCCGUCUGCAAACACUGGUACGCGGCCUCUUCCGGUGCCUUGGACAAGAUCGAAACUGUAUCGGAUCACGAGCCGUGGUUCCUAUUAUACGGUGACGAUAAUUCCACAUGCACAUUGAUUACUGAAUCUGAAAAACACACUACUAAUAUCCCGGAACUGAACGGAACAACCUGCCUAUCAUCGAGACAAGGGUGGCUCCUACUAUUCCGUGAAGGCGGCUCAAUAUUCUUCUUUUGUCCAUUGUCCCGUGCCAAAAUACACAUCCCGGUGAAAUUCCCUCACUCGGUAAUCUCCAACCAUGUCGCAAGUUUUACGGCUCCGCCGACAUCGAAAAACUGCAGCGUUGGCAUCUUUAACCGAGCAACCGAUACUGAACUUGAAUUACACGUGAUUCACCGCGGAGGAGCCAGUUCUUGGACCAAGUACAAGCUCGAAGCUAGAUUCCCCAGGGGAAUCCACUACGCUGUUUACCACAAAGGCUACUUUUUAUUCAUCGACAAAAAGAAUAAUAUUAUGGCGUAUUUUCAUCUCGAGAAGCAGAGGUUGUGCCUGGCGGAAGUAAUUUGGACGAAGGCGCGAGAGGGUUUAAGAUUCUGCAGCGAAAAAGAGAAGAAUCAAAUGAAAGCACGACUGGCAUUGGAUGAUAUGUGUGGAGUUUCUAUUUGCGGGACGACUGUGUCUUCUGGUGAUGGUCAUUGGGGUAAGAUGGUAGGUUAUGAAAACAGUAGGGAUUUUAAGAAACAAGGUGCAUGGUUUCAACCCAGGUUCCAUCAGAUUAGUGAAAACCAAAGCUGGUGGUGA